AUGAUUAAACAACAAGGAGGUAGAACAAGUACAAGAGGUGGAGGGUCAGCAGAGGAUGACCAGAAAAAUUCAUCGGAAUGGGUACAGAGACAUACCAAUCUGAUGAAUACACCUGACACCUACUUUUGUACAAAAAGUGGAUUAGAUAGAAGAAUAAAAGAUGGAGAUAAUGAAGACGAAGAUGGUAAUUAUGAUGAUGAUGAAGAUGAAGAGUAUCUAGAGAAUUUAAAUGAAAAGUUUCAAAAGAAUAUGAAGUUGUCAUCAUCUUCCUCUUCUUCAUUGAAUGGUGCUAGCAAGAACAAGAAUAACAAGAAUAAUAAGACACAGACAUCGUCAACAUAUCGUAUGGAUAGGUCAAUAACAUCAUCACAAGGUAAACAUGGACAAGUGUUUUUUGUAAAGUCUGCUGCUGGAACUGGGUCGUUGUUGUCGUCGUCGUCGUCGUCGGGUUCCAACACCACCACAACCACUGCCACAUUGUAUGCAGUCAAGAGACAGUAUAUAGCAGCACCAAAAGAUGGAUUAGACAAGUGUUAUAGAGAGUUGUUGAUCUUUCAGCAGUUGGGUGCGAUGAUGGAUACAAACAAGUGCUGUAACUUUAUCAAACUUAUCGAGUGGUACAAGUCGUUGCCGUCAUCUGACGCGGACCGUGACAACAACCUAUUGUCCAAACACGCUAUUCCCAAGAGCGACCUACAGUCACAACAGUACAUGAACUAUGUGAUGGAGUAUGCCAACCUCAAGAGCAUGGCAGACUAUCGAGUUGGCCAAGAAAUCACUCUUGACCACUUCCAAUCCAUGCUCUUUCAAAUCAUCUAUGCUCUCUCUAUUUCGCAGAAAGAGAUGGAGUUUAUGCACAACGAUCUUCAUAUUGGCAACAUUCUAUUACAGUCGUUUAAAGAGCCACAAAAGUACAUCAUGUACCGUGACGCCGACCGUCGUUGGUUUGUAGGUCACAAUAUUGUCAAAAUUAGUGAUUAUGGUCUCUCUCGUAUUAAAUUAAGUAAUAAUAAUAAUAAUAAUAAUGGUUCAAAGGGUACUAUUAUUUAUAACCCAAAGAAUGCAGAUAGUAAACAUUUCAUUGGAACGUACGAUCUCAUAAAGUUGGUUACAUCGAUCAACAGUAUUAAAAUAUCCGAUAUUGGAGCACCAGCCAAUGCAGAGCUAAAAAAACACCUCGUUAACCUUAAAAAGAGAAUGUUGAUGUUUGUCUAUCCCAACCAACUCUUAUCACAUCCCUUCUUUGAAUCACUCCAAUACCCACCCGAAGAUGCAACCAUUGACAAUUGCAUUAGAAUUUCAAGUGAUGGAGUGAUCGAUGAUCAAGAUGACACUGAAUUCUUUAAAUCAAUCUUGGAAGGUGAAGAAGAAGAGGUUCAAGUGGAGAUAAAUUCAGAUUCAGAAGACAACAACAAUAACAAUAACUAUUCACAACAACAACCACCAUCAACACCUGUAUCCAAGCAAUCAGGAAACAUAUUCAAAUCACCAAUGCCAUCAUCAACAAUCAAAAUUCAUAAAACACCUGGAUCAGUUUCACGUGUUGUUGUAGUGACACCCCAUAAAACACCCAAAUCAGUGGUUCGUUCCAAUCUUGCCAUCGUUUCUACACCAAAUGAAUAUAAACUUUAUCUAAAGAGUUUUAAUUCAAGAUUAAGUAAAAGAAAUCUAAAAUUGGAUUUCAAAGUCAAAGAAGAAGAAAAAGAGGAAGAGAAAGAGGAGGAAAAGGAGGAUUCAGAAGAAGAUGAAGAAGAUGAAGAAGAUGAAGAGGAUGAAGAGGAUGAAGAAGAUUCUGAUCAAGAUUCAAUCGAUGAAGAAAUUAAAAGUUUAAGAUUAAAGAUUCACCAAGCUCAAACAAGUGAUCAAAAAGAUCAACAACUAGAUUCAGAAGAAGAAACGGAUGAGGAAGAGGAGGAAGAAGAAGAAGAAGAAGAAGAGGAAGAGGAAGAGGAAGAGGAAGAGGAAGAGGAAGAAGAAAAGGAAAAAGAGGAAGAAGAAAAAGAACAAGUAGUUCCAGUUCCAGUUGUCAAUCGUAGAAAAAAACUAAUCAAAACUGGAAAAAUUAAAACAAGAAGAUCGAUACUCAGAAUGAGCGAUAGAUAUAGAGACAGAGAUAGAGAAUAUCGAGAUAGAGAUCAUAGAGGAGGUGAUAGAAACGAUAAUUAUAAUCGAUCAUAUGACAAUAGAGAUAGAGGAGGAGGAGGAGGAGAUAAUAGAGAUAAUUAUAGAGGAGGAGGAGAAAGUAGAGAUAGAGUAGAUAAUAGAGACAAUAGAGACAAUAGAGACAAUAGAGGAGAUAAUAAUAGAGAUGGUCAACGCGGAGGAUACAAUAAUAAUAAUAAUAAUAGAGGAGGAAGACCCAAUAAUAAUAGAGAUAUAAAUAAAGACGAAGAAUAUAAACGAUUGAGAGAAUUAAAGAAUAUAGAUCGAACGAAAAGAGAAAGACAACAUAAAGAAGAGGAAGAAAGAUUUGGAAAGAUGAGCGAAGAAGAUAGAUACGGUAAAAAGAGAUUUGAAAGAGAUGAAGAUCAACAAGAAGACGACCAAGAUGAUAGACCAAAGAAAAAGAAGGAACAACCCGAUUUCAAACCAUCGGGAGCAUUGAUAGAUGACCUAAAGAUGAAGAGUAGUGGAACGGAAUCAGUCAGCGCGGCUGCAUCGACAGUAGCUUUGAAAUGGACUGAACCACACGAGGCUAGAUUACCAACCAAACGAUUUGUACUAUACCCAUUCAAAGAUGGAAAAUCACUUGAUCCAUAUCACCUCCACCGACAAAAAUCCUAUCUCAUUGGUCGUGAUCGAACCAUUUCCGAUAUUCCAGCUGAUCAUCCAUCCUGUUCAUCUCAACAUGCCAUCAUUGUCUAUAGAAUGGUAAAUACAGAAGUUGAUGGUGAAUCGGUUAAAAUUAUAAGACCAUAUUUAUUGGAUUUAGAUAGUACAAAUGGAACAAGUUUAAAUGGAAACAAAGUUGGUACAUUACAAUACAUAGAGUUAAGAUCAAGAGAUAUGAUUAGAUUUGGAUUGAGUUCACGUGAAUAUAUAUUACUACAAGAAGACGAAAAAGAUGAUGAAAGUAGUGGUGACAGCGACAAUGAAAGUAAUUCUGAUGAUAACUAA